ACCUCGAUCAGAUGGAUACAGUUGGACGAGGUGGACGCAUCGGCACGUACCAGACAAACUACUGACAAACAAGGCGAAAGGGAUAUAUACACACAUAUAUAUAUAUAUAUAUACAUACGAACUGAUCGUUCACACCGCUGCGCUACAUGGAUACCGGUUGUUUCACCGCGGCGCAGCGUAUUUCGUGCCACACCAUGAAUGCGGAUUUAUUUAAGCCUGUUCCUGAGCGUGGACCCCAACAGUCCUCUGCCCCGGUGAAAACCAGCAGGAAUAAACCCGAACAAACCAAACCAGAGCUGGCCCAGGUGGUGACAGACUCCAAGACGGGAAGAUCUUACAGUAAAGGAAAGCUUUUGGGAAAGGGCGGCUUUGCUCGAUGUUAUGAGAUGACAGACCUCUCCAACAACAAAAUGUAUGCUGUGAAGGUGAUUCCACAGAGCAGGGUGUCCAAACCGCACCAGAGGGACAAGAUAACGAAUGAGAUCGAGCUCCACAAAACCCUGUCGCACAAGCAUGUGGUGAAAUUCUCUCAUCAUUUUGAAGACCAAGAAAACAUCUACAUAUUCCUCGAGCUCUGCAGUCGGAAGUCCCUGGCACACAUUUGGAAGGCGAGACACACGCUCACAGAGCCAGAAGUGCGUUAUUACCUCAGACAGAUCAUAUCCGGCCUCAAGUACCUCCACAGCAGAGGGAUCCUGCAUAGAGAUCUCAAACUAGGCAACUUCUUUGUCAACGAGAACAUGGAGCUGCGACUGGGAGACUUCGGCCUCGCUGCCAAGCUGGAGACAGUCGAGCAGAGGAAAAAAACAAUCUGUGGGACUCCGAACUACUUGGCCCCUGAGGUGCUCAACAGACAGGGCCAUGGCACAGAGUCCGACGUCUGGUCCCUCGGAUGUGUCAUGUACACACUGAUGUGCGGCAACCCUCCUUUUGAGACUCUAGACCUGAAGGAGACCUACAAGUGUAUAAAAGAAGUUCGGUACAACUUGCCAUCCUCGCUCUCUCCUGCAGCACAGAAACUCAUCUCAGGCAUCCUGCAGAAAAACCCCAGCGACAGACUCUCACUGGAUCAAAUCCUCAACCAUGAGUUCUUCACCAAAGGUUUCACCCCUGAUAAGCUUCCCAGCAGCUGUGUGAUGGUACCAGAGCUCCACCCCCCCAGCCCUGCUAAGAAAUUCUUCACUAAAAUGGCCAAGAGCCUCUUUGGCAAAAAGAAAGCAAAAGUGGAGAAGAUUCCAUGCGAGGAAAAAGAUGACAAAGACAUUUCCAAGCUGGUGUCAGGCAUCGUUAAAUGUUCCAUCAAUCGGCAGAUCAGCUACAAGACAGUGGGACCAAAUGAGGUGCCCUCUCCGACCAAUCAGCUGGUCAGCUCUGUGCCUCUGGAACAGACUCCUGCUGAAGAGGAAUCCAGGAAGUCAAUCUCACGCUCCUUCAAGGGCACAAUGGCCAGCAGCACUGAACCCUGUGAAGACGUCCUGAGCCCUGCAGCUGUUGCUGAAUCGGCCAUGAAAGUUCUCAACGGCUGCCUGGCUACCAUGCCUGCAGCCACUAGGAACCCACCCUGUUUGUCCAGGCCACAGUCCUUCCUGUGGGUGACUAAGUGGGUUGACUACUCAAACAAAUAUGGUUUUGGCUACCAGCUCUCGAACCAAAGCAUUGGUGUGCUCUUCAAUGAGGGAACACAUCUCAGUCUUUGUAACCAACGCAAGACAGUCCACUACUGCUUGACCAACAACCAACACUUCACUUUCGCUACCAAUUCUCUACCUGAGCAGCUUCGCAGCCAGAAACAAAUUGUGGAGCUCAUGGCAAAUUACAUGGAGCAGAACCUUAUGGAGGGUGGAGAUCUGCACUGUGAGGAGCAAGUCUCAGGUCCUCCUCCUCUGCUGCUUCAGUGGGUGAAGACCGACCAUGCUCUGGUCAUGCUCUUCAACAAUGGCACUCUACAGGUUAACUUCUAUACAGACCACACAAAGAUCAUCCUGUGCAAGUCAGCUGAUGACUCAUACCUACUUACCUACAUCAGCCGGGAACGCGUCUCAUACACUUACCUCCUCAGCAUGCUGAUUGAGCUGGGCUGCACCUCCGAGCUAAGGCACCGGCUGCGAUAUGUGGUCCAGCUGCUCCAACACCAUGCUGAUGCCUGAGGGCACAUCUCAGUGCCUCCCAGGCUGCCUGAUUGGCAGAUGCCUUAGAGGCAGCCUGACUGGUUAACACCUUCUUUGGCCGUCUGACUGGCUGAUAUAAUUUCUCGAGGCAGUGCUGCAAGGAGCUGACACCUGUUCAGUUGACCAAUGGAAGACUCAGAAGUUGAGCAAAUAUUCUUUGGACUGGUGCUUACGCAGUUGAUUAUCAGAUUGAUUGACCUUGACAAACAUCAAGCAGUCAGGAAGUUGCCCAAUGCAGCAUCUGCCCCAAGGGUUUGUGCCUGUCUAGCUCAUGCCUCAAAGGUAUCCACCUGGAAGGUAUUGAUACCUAAGACUCCUACCUGGCCUGAAAUGAUGGAUCCCUCACAGGCAGAUGCCUAAAUGAACACCCAAACUCCCAAUUCACCUUCCCUCACUCACUCAAAACCACUGCUUCUUGGCUGGAUCUUUCAAAGCCGCCAACCAACCCUGCAGCUUUCAGCUUCCCUGACAGCCGAUAACCCAGGCAUGGUUUCUCGAAGGUAUCAAAACACUAAAAUUGUCUUAUUUGCUUGCAACGGAACAGGGAUAAUCUUGUAGCUGGAAUGCUUUUAGGCUCAGUUUUCCAAAAGUAUUUUAGCAGCAAGGUCAUUUAUGGCGUUGACUUGCACUGGAACUGAUCUUACAGCAGAGAUGCUUUGAGAACUGUAGUUUGACGAGAGAGACCCUCCUACCCUCGGUUGGUUUCUGGCCUCUUUAGACUAUGGUGCACACAUUCAUUUAUUUUAUUUUUUAUUUAAAAGGAAAAAAAUGAGCCAGCUAUAGGAUCACACUACGAUCUUGACCUCACAUGCACAAAUAACAUUCCUGGCCUUAUUUGAUGAUGGUAAUGUCUGGAGAAGCUGCUUCUCCUCCAACAUCACUUUUGUCUUUUUUUUUCUGUUCGUUAUUGGAAUCAAAUUUCACUGAAAUGGUACACGGCAUUCUAAAGGGCCUAUGGGAGCAACACAAUUUUGCACUUUUAUUUUUUUUGGGAAUAUCUGGAAAGCAAAACAUUUUACUACCACUUGUAAUAUUUUAUUUGUUUUUAACUAGAUACCAAAAGGCAUUUUCUUUGUUGGUUUUUAAAAUUCUGUUUUUUUUAAAUUCACAUACAGUAGGUGAGUGUGCGUGUGUGCCACACAUGUACUGGUAAACAACUGUUGGUUGGAAAAUGAGGGUGGGGAGGGGGAUAAAAGUGCCUUUCUGAGGGAUGUCUGUAUAGUGCAAUAACAACCCUUUGUGAAUGUCAAGCUGGAUACAAACAAGGAUUUGAGAUGGGUUUUACAGUGGGAUUUACUUUUGUACUUUAAGCAAAGUUUAAAAGUAAGUCCAAUAGCACUACACUCACUACCUGGUAUAAGCUUUUAGAACAACUGGUAUCACAAGUAUAUAUCCCAGUAAUAUCUACUAAGGAAAAAAGAAAACAUUGUGCUCUGUUGUACUGUACUGUACUCUACUGUAAUCCUUAUCGGUUUACAUUGCUUUCUUGACCCAGAGUUGUACCCUAAAAACUGUGACCUGGAAUGCAAGUAUUACGUACAUGUGUUUUCAAAAAACCAACAUUGUGAAAGCCAUCUGCCAAUUCAGAAGAGUCUUUAUUUUUUGGCACAUAAUGUCCUGUUUAUUUAUUUUUUAUUUAUACAUGUUUUUUAUUUAUUGUGUAAAUGUUACGGUCUUGACAGAAGGAAAUGUUCAAUUCCAAUCACUUUUUGUAUGUAACAUAUUUGGGGAGGAAAUAGGAUAAAAAUAAAGUUUAUUGAAAAUGAA